AACAGGAAUAUCAGCUUGCGAGUUUGGGGAACGUCAUCGUGCAUUUUUCAGUAUCUAUGACCAUGCGUGAUGUCAUUGGAGAUUUCAAGACCGACAUGCUCAUGUCUGAAAUGCAAGACUUCACUGAAAAGCUUAACAAAUGGGGCCUCAAAAGCCCACGGCCUUGGAACGAGUUUGCAGGCAUCCUCAAGAAACCCAAGAACAAACAAGAAUUAGAGGAGCGCCUCCAGACGAACUUCAUGUUGUACAAGGCAAAUUACAUUCUAUUGCUGGCAGGUAUCAUGAGUUGGUCAGUCAUCAUAUCGCCUUUCACAAUGGGUGUCCUUUUUGUCUGCGCCGGUGUUUUUGCCUUGUUGCUUGGAUGGCCACAGCCUUUGGAGAUCUUUGGACGGCUCCUCACGCCAAAGGAGAAAACGAUGAUUGCUGCUAGCUUCACUUUCUUUCUCCUCCUGAUCACGGGAGCCAUGGUCAAGCUCAUAUGGAGUUUCUCACUGGGCGUUUCUCUUAUAGUCGCACACAUGUCAUUCCGACCGCGAUGCUCGGGACACCGCAAAGGUAUCAUUGAUGACGCCAACUUGUCUCAAAGCCCUACAAAGAUUGUGGAGGACAUCGAGUCGCCCAACAACGAGGAUAGCGGCCUGAAUUCUUAUCACUCCGAGAUAGCCCAGCUCAGAGCGACUGCUCACUCUAUGUCACGAGACGGUCGCGAUUAGUCUUCCUUCCUUUUACAAUCUUUUGAAUUUCCCACAAUUGGUUUUAAAUGUAUGUAUAUAAGUAAUUGCUUCGAAAAGAUAAGUGGUGUCUGGUGUAUGCGAGGUACUCGUAUUUAGUUAAAACUGUUCGGAUCAAGUUGAAGAAGUUCAUCUCGAACUUCAAGUUACCCGUUAUGCCACUGACUUUCGACUAAGGCGACAUUCGGGAAAAAAAGACAAAUGUGACCAAACAUUUUCAUAUUCAAG